GCGAUCCAGCCGGCCAUGGAGAGCCAAGCGCGCACUUGCCUCCUGAGCGGCGACCCGGCCCCCCCGGGCGCCAUCACGCUGGAGGAGCUGGAGAGCGGCGGGGCGGCCGGCGGCGGCGGGGACGAGGCGGCGGGGGCGGCCGGCUGCCCGGACUCGGCGUACGGCAGCAGCCUGGAGGACAACGCCGGCGACGAGCAGGAGCAGGAGCGCCUGCUGAGCUACUGGCAGAGCGUGGGCCGCGGGCACCGCGUGGACGUGCCCCGGGAUAUGGCAGAGCCAAUCCAACAGCUGACCAGAAAUAACCAUCCUCAGGAGAGAGAAAGUGUUCCAUUUGUUGUGAUAGCCCGUAAAGAACAGCUUGGGAAUCUUCUUUAUGAAAAACGCCACUAUGAAAAGGCGAAAUGGGCUUGCGUCAAAGUGCAAGAAAAGCAGUAUGAACAGAGCAUAUGCCUAGGAUUCAUGAAGAUUAUGAGAUACAUUUGUCAGCAGAAUUCAUCAGGCCUAUACUUGGGAAUGACUGUUCCCAUUGCAACCAUAGUUCGCACCAGUGAGAGCACUCCAGGCAUCACAAGAUUUGUGACUGUAGCAUAUUACCUCCCCAGUGGGCUGCAAGAACAGCCACCUGCGCCCAAUGAUCCGGAUGUUGUCAUUGAAGAGUGGCCUCCAACCAUUAUUUAUGCCAGGGCCUUCAGAGGAGUCACCAACGAAACGUCCAUUGCAAGAGAAAUUAAUAUGCUGGCCGAACUUCUGGAGAGUCCUGAGCUGUGUUUGCAAGAUACCUUCAUAGUUGCAGGAUACACAAAUCCAGCUGCUACAAAUCGACAGAAUGAAAUAUGGUUUCUUGAAAGACCAUAGCUGGCUAUUUUUGAGCUACAAGACAGCCAAGUUCCAUUGACGGAUCACCCAUGAAACAUGCAGGUGAACUCUAGUCAGCUAGCUGGAAUGAUCAAGAAUGAUAUGUAGCCAUUAACUUUAUAAAGCCUAUUUCCUAAGAAAACACGAAUAUCACAUUCCACCAGCAUAGCCUGACAGACAAACCAGCUUCCUUCCUCAGCGAUUAAGAAGGCAAACUUGGAGUGUCUGUUGCCAGUUUUGAAGGGUUUUUCCUAGUUGUUGCUUCAGUUAUGUGUAGUCACUAAGAUUUCAAGCACUUUCACCAAAAUUAAGACACAGGAGAUAUUCUGUACAGUGAGAAAUAAAGUGUUCUGUUCCCUUGGCGUUCCUCCCAACUCUACACUUCUGUGAUUCUUCCCAGUAUUUAUUCUGACAUGCAAGAGUGCUUCACUUCAAUGGAAGUUGAAGUUGUAGGUAAAACUGCACAAUUUCUGAACAUUUUAUCUGAUGCUACACAAUCGCCAUUCAUUUGAGAGAGGCUACAGAGGUAGAUCCACCAAAAUGAACUGCAUUGUCUGUGAGCAAAUAAUACCCUAGCAGAUGCUAACAGUAAUUAUUCCUUAUUAUUACACAAGUUUAUUUUUAUAAAUACAAUGCUAUUGACUAUUUUCUUCUGAAUAUCUACUAUAGGUGAACAGAAAUUGCUACCUCCUUUAUCAACAGAAAUAGUGUUUUAUUGUACAGUGGUACCUCUGGAUGCAAACGGGAUCCGUUUCGGAGGCCCGUUGGCAACCUGAAAAGAACACAACCCGUGUCUGUGUGGGUCACGAUUCGCCGCUUCUGCGCAUAACGUCAUUUUGCACGUCUGCGCAUGCGCGAGCAGCGAAACCCAGAAGUAACCCUUUCUGGUACUUCCAGGUUGCCGCGGGACGCAACCUGAAAACACGCAACCUGAAGCAAUUGUAACAUGAGGUAUGGCUGUAUACAUUGUUGGUAUCUUGGCUGUGAGUCCUGGAAGACUUGUUCCCUGCCCUGCAGGCCUUUUCCCACCUGCCCUGGUAGGGCGAGGCCCGGACUGACUCCAGCUACAAAAGCUGAGGCUGCUGAACAGACUCUAGAGGGUUUUGUCGGAGGUGGGGUGUUGCUGUUAAUUUUUUGUAUCUUUAUUUUGGUUCAUACAGUUUGUGUGGCAAUUGUCCAGUUUGGUUGUGUACUUUUUGAUGUUUUGUUUAUGACUACUUUUGUUAUGUUUGUAGCCAUGUAUUUUUUAUAUGUUGUAAGCCACCUUCCGCACAGUUUAAACUUUGCUAGCCCACAAGCAAAUAAAAUGAUUGACUGGUAUUUAAUUUGAAGGAUUAUCAGAAGGAAAUUUCACAUUCUGAGAAUACCAUGUUUUUACUCAUUUUGAAAUUAUCCACUUAGCCAGCUAGGAUACAAAAUGAAAUCUUUUGUAAGUCGUAUUAAAAAAAACUAAUUCAAGUCUAGAAAUAAUAAAGCUGGAAUCCUAAUUGCUAAUUUACCUGUGAAAGAUAUACAUCAUAUAUUGUUUACUGUUGGAAGUUGCCAUGAAUAAAAACUUUAUUGCUCUGUGUUA